GACCUGCUGGGUCGGCUAUAAAAUUGAAGGGGAGAACACCUAAGGCCUGAGUUAUCUCCCUCGUCUAUUUCUGCCGCCUCUUGCACAAACGAUAUCUCUCAAUCUAACCAUUUUCCGGCGAACAUACGGUGAUCGGCAGUUUUCUUGAAUUCUUUUUCCGGAUCCACUGUUGGUGGUCGCAACAUCAAGCCUCGCUCUCCUUUUCCAAAUCAUUUUCAAUUUAUUUGAGAAACCAUUGCACGAAGGAAGUUCUCUAUACCAUAAUUUAAUCAGUUCUCCAUUUGCUAGAUAUCAGGUGUAAAAGAGAUCUUGGAGAUACGGUUUGGAUUGGUUUGAUUUAUCUGGAGUUGGUGGAUACGCAAAUUGGGGGUUUUGCUUUGACAUCUGAGGAUCGGAAUAUGAGCUCUCCCCUCAGGCACAAUCGAAGAGAUAAUAAUAAUAAUAGCAAUAGGUCAAGAUUUCCCAUUGCCCAAAGUAGCCGUCAAGAGUGGGUGCCUAGAGGCUCUGCAGCCACUCCUGCCGUGACCCCUUCUGUAGCUGCAAAUCCAACAACAAGUUUUAAUUCGAAUUUGGAAGGAAAUGGUGAAGGCUCAAAUUAUAGCUCCACACCACCACACGACCGACAUAGGGGUCAUCAGGGUCCGAGGAAUAAUAUGGGUCGGCCAUGGCAUCAAAGGAGAGAAAGGGAGAGGGGUAAACAGGAGGGAAAAGGGUUGAAGGAUAUGGACUCGGAUAAUAGGGAGGGAAUAGGAUGGAAGGAUGUUUCUUUGCCUCAGCUUGUGCAGGAAAUUCAGGACAAGCUUAUGAAGGGUACUGUGGAGUGCAUGAUUUGUUAUGACAUGGUGCGGAGGUCUGCACCUAUUUGGUCCUGUUCAAGCUGUUACUCAAUUUUCCACUUGAAUUGUACAAGGAAAUGGGCUCGGGCACCUACUUCAGUGGAUUUAUCAGCUGAAAAGAAUCAGGGACUCAAUUGGAGGUGCCCAGGAUGCCAAGCUGUUCAGCUCUUGGCGGCAAAGGAUAUUCGAUAUCUAUGCUUCUGUGGAAAGAGGCCAGAACCUCCUUCAGAUUUAUAUUUGACACCCCACUCCUGUGGAGAACCCUGUGGGAAGCCGCUGGAAAAAGAUCACCCUGGUGACGGUGGAAAUAAAGAACUUAGGUGUCCUCAUGUUUGUGUACUCCAAUGCCAUCCUGGUCCAUGCCCUCCUUGUAAGGCCUUUGCCCCACCUCAGCUGUGCCCCUGUGGGAAGAAAACAAUUACAACACGAUGUUCUGACCGAAAAUCUGCUCUUACUUGUGGCCAACAGUGUGAGAAACUCCUUGAUUGUCGGCGACAUCACUGUGAACAAGUUUGCCAUAUAGGACCGUGUGAUACAUGUCAGGUUCUGAUCAAUGCCUCUUGUUUCUGCAAGAAGAGAACAGAGGUAGUUCUCUGUGGAGAUAUGACAGUUAAGGGAGAAGUGAAAGUACAAGAUGGUGUUUUUUCAUGUAAUUCAAUAUGUGGAAAGAAGCUUAAAUGUGGAAAUCAUUAUUGCAAUGAAAUUUGCCAUCCAGGUCCAUGCGGGGAGUGUGACAUGUUGCCAGGAAGAAUCAAGACAUGUUCUUGUGGUAAAACGAGCUUGCAGGAGCAACGACAGAGUUGUCUGGAUCCUAUUCCAACCUGUUCUCAGGUUUGUUACAGAACUCUUCCUUGUGGAGUGCAUCAGUGCAAGGAGAAAUGCCAUCCGGGCAAUUGUGCACCAUGCACAGUUCUUGUCACUCAAAAAUGCCAGUGCAGUUCAACCUCUCGAACUGUGGAAUGCUACAAAACACUGAUCAAAGAGGAGAAAUUUACAUGUGAUAAACCUUGUGGGUGGAAGAAAAACUGUGGGAGGCACAGGUGCAGUGAGAGGUGUUGCCCUCUUUCUAACUCCAACAAUUCGUUCUCCGGAGAUUGGGACCCACACUUGUGCUCAAUGCCCUGCGGCAAGAAACUAAGAUGUGGGCAGCACUCCUGUGAAUCGCUUUGUCACAGUGGGCAUUGCCCUCCUUGCCUUGAAACAAUAUUUACCGAUUUGACAUGUGCCUGUGGGAGAACCUCAAUUCCUCCUCCACAACCUUGUGGUACACCACCCCCAUCGUGCCAGAAUCCUUGCUCAGUUCCUCAGCCUUGUGGUCAUUCAUCUUCUCAUAGCUGUCACUUUGGGGACUGUCCGCCUUGUACAAUUCCUAUAGCAAAGGAGUGUGUUGGUGGACAUGUGGUUCUUCGGAACAUACCUUGCGGAUCAAGAGAUAUCAGGUGUAACAAGUUGUGUGGCAAGGCAAGACAAUGUGGGAUGCACGCAUGUGCCAGAACUUGUCAUCCACCCCCUUGUGAUUCUUCUUGUGCUGGUUCUAGUUUGAGGGCUUCUUGUGGACAGACAUGCGGUGCUCCGAGGAGGGACUGCAGACACACUUGCACUACACUUUGUCACCCCUCUUCUCCAUGCCCUGAUGUGAGAUGUGAGUUCCCUGUCAUAAUAUCAUGUUCUUGUGGCAGAAUAACUACAACGGUGCCUUGUGAUGCCGGAGGAGGUGGUGGUGGGUUCAACACUGAUACUGUUUUUGAAGCUUCCAUAAUCCAAAAGUUGCCAGUACCACUUCAACCUGUUGAAGCAACAAACGGGAAAAAAAUUCCGCUUGGGCAAAGGAAGCUUAUGUGUGAUGAUGAAUGCUCAAAGGUAGAGCGCAAACGGGUUCUAGCAGAUGCUUUUGGAGUCACAACACCAAAUUUAGAUGCCCUUCAUUUUGGUGAGAACUCCACUGUAUCUGAAGUUCUAUCUGACCUUUUUAGGCGUGACCCUAAGUGGGUGUUGUGUGUGGAAGAGAGGUGCAAGUUCUUGGUCCUUGGCAGGGGCAGGGGAGCAAGCAAUGCUCUCCGAGUUCAUGUUUUUUGUCCAAUGUUGAAGGAAAAGAGGGAUGCAGUAAGGCUGAUUGCUGAGAGGUGGAAACUUUCGGUUAAUGCUGCUGGAUGGGAGCCAAAACGUUUCAUUGUGGUUCAUGUUACUCCAAAGUCCAAGGCUCCAGCUCGUGUGCUUGGUGCCAAAGGGACGAUCCCAAAUAUGUUACAUCCAGCAGUUUUUGAUCCUCUAGUAGACAUGGAUCCAAGGCUUGUUGUUGCCCUGUUCGAAUUACCAAGGGAUGCAGAUAUCAGUGCUCUGGUCCUUAGGUUUGGUGGAGAAUGCGAAUUAGUCUGGUUGAAUGACAAGAAUGCAUUGGCUGUUUUUAGUGAUCCUGCGCGUGCUGCAAGUGCCAUGAGGAGAUUAGAUCAAGGAUCUUUAUACUAUGGGGCUGUUGUGUUUGCUCAGACCGGUGGUGCAUCGUCUGGGGGGGCACCCUCGUCCCUGAAGGAGAAUCCAUGGAAGAAAGCUGUCGUGCAGGAGGAGGCCAAUUGGAGCGAGAGUCCAUGGGGAGGCGAGGAGCUGUCAGCUGGUUCUGCCACUGUGCAGCCAUCUAUGUCUAAGGGGAAGGAUCCUCCCCUUGGAAGCUUAGCAAAUCGAUGGAGUGUCCUAGAUUCGAAAAUGUCUCUGAGCUCUUCAUCUGCAUCCACUGGAACUGAGGUACCUGGGAAACAGACAGGAAUGCAAUUGGUUUCUGGCUUAAAGUCAGACUCUAGCAGCUCAAAUUUGAGCUGGCAGCAAGAAAGCAACGGUGAGGUGCAUGACACAGUGGAUGAUUGGGAAGAGGCAUACGACUGAGUGGAGACAUUCAGAGCAUGAAUUUGGCUGUUCAAACGUCUAUAAGCAAUAGGAGAGCGUGGCUCCCCAUAUUAUUUUUUGGCUUUUGAGGUAAGGUUUGUGGUGUUGUUUUCAAUUACCCUACCAAUGACCCUGUAGACUCUUUCAGAUUGGAACUCCUUUUGUAAUAUUUUAUAUUUGUACUCGUAUUCUUGGCAGUUUGUAUGCGGAAUGUCCUCAGUAGAGUAAUGGGAUAACAGAAGUUCUCUUGUAAGUCGGGAUUUUACCUUCUCAGCCUUAUGAUUUUACUAUUUCUAUGAUCCAAGACUUGCAUUAAAUAA